CUCAAAAUAAGGAGCUUUUGCCAACAUCACAGUAUACAUUUGUAGCUAAUAAUUGAAAAAAGUGGCAUUGUUGUUCUUCCCAAUUUAGGUGUUAUACCAAUGGGGUCAAUGUUAGGUGAUUUACCUUCUUUUGACCCUCAUAAUUUUAGUCAGCUUCGCCCUUCUGAUCCUUCUACUCCUUCUAGAAUGACACCUGUGACUUAUCGCCCUACUCAUGAUCGGACUCUUCCACCACCAAAUCAAGUUAUUUGUUCAGAAGCCAAAAAUAUACUUCUGCGACACCUUGAGCAGCGUGCUGAAGAGAAGUUGAGACCAAAGCGAGCUGCUGCUGAAAAUCUGGCACCCGAGCAUGGAUCCAAGCAUCUUAAGGUGUCCACCUAAGAUGCUACCCGUGGGGAAAGCGGCCCCGGGGGGGGGGGGGGGGGGGUUAAGUGCAGCGAUGAGAAAACGCGAAAUGUGGCGGUUGCAAACUGGAUUGUAACGACCUGGUUUUCGAAGAUUGACUAACCUUCCAAAUAGGUUAAAAUCUUCUGGUUUUCUGCAUAGUUCUGUAAAUAUUGUUGUGAUGAUGCAGAUGCAUGUUGUUGUAAAACUCUGAAGAGCUUGCUUGGCAAUUGUCAUAUAGCAAAUGAGAUGUACACCAAUGAAAAUGUUGUUGGAUGAGAUUUCUCUGCAUGAGCAUUGAUAGUAUAGUACAAACUGGAUAGUAACAACUUGGUUUUCGAAGAUUGACUAACUUCCAAAUAGGUUAAAAUCUUCUGGUUUUCUGCAUAGCUCUGUAAAUAUUGUUGUGAUGAUGCAGAUGCAUGUUGUUGUAAAACUCUGAAGAGCUUGCUUGGCAAUUGUCAUAUAGCAAAUGAGAUGUACACCAAUGAAAAUGUUGUUGGAUGA